AUGGCUGCUACUCCUAUUAUUGAGGUGACGGCCGCGGUCGCGAUAGGUCUAUUGACACUGCUCUACAUUGUCACAGGGCAACGGAAGGGACAAAAGAAACCCCUCCUCAAGCUUCCCCUCAUUGGUGACCUCCAUAGCUCCCCUAUUGUGAAACCACUUUUGAACUGGGACUCAUGGACGAGGGAAAAUGGUCCCAUUGCGGUACCGAAGCUCUUUGGGCUCAUACCGAUUGUGGUGUUGAAUUCAUAUGAAGCUGUGACUGAAUUGUUCAGCCGCCGCAGCCAGUGGUACAGCAAUCGUCCGCCCUCUGUCAGCAUGGAGAUGAUCACAGGGGCUAAGCCUGGGCAGUCAAAGUUUACUCUGAUGCACGAUUACGACGAUCACCUCAAGUUCCAUCACCGUAUUCUGGCCCCCAGUCUGGGUGCUCUGGCCGCCCCACAAUAUCACCCCUUAAUGGAGCUCGAGUCUAAACAGCUAUUGUUUGAUCUCUCAAAUGCUGCCCAGCAGUUUUCCCAAGGAAUCAGCACAGAAACAAUCUAUCCACUUCUUGAGCGCACUCAAUCGAGUGUUAUACUUGCUCUACAUUAUGGCUUGCGCAUCCCAAGUUUCGAAGAACACAUCUUGCAUGAGAUCAUUGACAUCCAGACCCAAAUAACCCACCUCGCUGCAAACCCCCGUCUUCCAGAUAUUAUCCCGGCUCUGCGUCACCUACCCGCAUUUUUGUCCCCCUGGAAACGAGCGGCUGACAAGCUGUACGCCACACAGGUGGACCUGUACAUGCGUCUGUUCCGACACGGGAGGGAUUCAGCUGGCUGGAACUCCACCAAGCAGGCAAUCGCCACAGCGGAGAAGUACUGUGAAGAUGGUGUCCCCGACCUCGAUCUCGCGUUUACUCUCGCAACCUCUAUCCAGGGAGGUAUGGAGACUUCACCGCGGCAGCUACUGUGGUUGUUCAUUGCAGCGCUGCAGCAAUCGUCCUUUAUGACACGGGCGCACGCCUUGCUCGACGAGGUCGUCGGGCGAGACCGGCUACCACAGUUCUCGGACCGCUCAGGGCUUGCAUUCAUUGACGCUAUUAUGCAUGAACUUUUCCGUUGGCGACCUAUCUCGCCGGGAUCCAUUCCCCGCAGGGCGGACCGGGAUGACGAGUUCAAUGGUGUCAAAAUUAAAAAGGGGGUCACUCUUAUGGCUAAUGCGUGGGCCAUCGGUCGAGACGAAAAGGUCUUUGAUCCUGCGCUGGGAGACCCUCAGGAGUUCGUGCCUGAGCGGUGGCUCCGGCGGGAUGAUGACGGAGAGGAAAGACUGCGAACGGACCUUCCGUUGCCGGUCUUUGGGCAGGGCCGCCGGAUCUGUCAAGGAAAGAAGGUCGCUACGGAUGGAUCUUUUAUCCAUAUUGCUUGUCUGCUGUGGGCGUUUGAUAUCGAGCCCGCUGAUGGGGAGGAGGUGGAUCCGUGGGCGAUGGUCGUGGCAGGAUUCAUGACAAUGCCGAGGGAGCUCAAAUUUAAACUCCGGCCCAGGGGUGACUGGGUACUGGAUGUUAUUAAGAAAGAGUGGGCGACGGCGGAGAAAGGUCUCGGAAAGGUUAUGGGAACUAGUGUUGAUGUUGAAGAUAAAUGA